UUUGGGUUGAUUGACUUUUAUUUUGUCGACGGAAGUGGACUUUUAUUGUGUAAAUGCCUUCGCAGCUGUUAUACCGCAGAAAGAGCUGCAGGCCACAGUGAGCGUCUCCACUGCGUUCCGGGUUAAACAUGUCUCACACAAUUCUGCUGGUUCAGCCGACCAAAAGACCGGAGGGAAGGACGUAUGCUGAUUACGAGUCGGUAAACGAGUGCAUGGAGGGAGUGUGUAAGAUGUACGAGGAGCAUCUGAAGAGAAUGAACCCCAACAGCCCGUCCAUCACGUACGACAUCAGCCAGCUGUUCGAUUUCAUCGACGACCUGGCCGACCUCAGCUGUUUAGUGUACCGAGCCGACACGCAGACCUACCAGCCUUACAACAAAGACUGGAUCAAAGAGAAGAUCUACGUCCUGCUCAGACGCCAGGCCCAGCAGGCAGGGAAAUAGAGUGAGACCUUCUCGUACACCUGUUCAGCAUCGGUUAAGAGUUCACCACGGCAUCGCUGGACGGACGUGCCGACAGGAGACGACUCCGCGAUCGGAUUGCGCUCGUCUAUACCCGUUACACAAUGUGUACAUUUCUCUUUCCUUCCUUUGUGUUUGUUUGUUUUGUUUUUUUCUCAAAAAAAUGAAAUGUUUAUUGUGUUCUCGGGAAGAUGUUCUGUUUUUCUUGCUUGUUUUGUCUGUCGUGACGUCGUUUCGUUUUAUAAAACGGUAGGGAAUUGUAGGUCUGAUGAUGGUUUUGGUUUUUUUUGAGGGGGGGAUUUAGUACAAUAAAAUGACUUGAUUUGAAA